GCGUGGCAAGGCGUCCUUGGUAAGGACUGCGCGCUGCUCCUCUUCUUCUCAGGAGCGCCGCGCCCUCGCCCCACCACACCACACGCUCACCGCUCUCUCUUCCCCACGUCCGCUUCUCGAGCAGCACACACACUGCGCCGCUCUCUCCACCCCUUCUCGUCUCUCGCCGCCGCCGCCGCCGCCGCCGCCGCAGCCUCCGAAACCUACAACGCCCGGCGCCCCCCCCGCGCUGCUCCCCACGUACCCCCGCGCCCCCCCUCGGAGCCUCGCGUGCGUCGCUUCGCCAGCUCGCGCGCACCACGCCUCGGGCUCGCGUACCACAUCAGGGCCCGUCGGCCCCCCGUGCCUCACGCGUCGAUCUCUAGCCACCACCCGGACGAGCCCGCCGUCCGCACUGCACCGCUCAUGUCUGCAGCAGACUCACCUGCCGCCGCUUCUCGGGCCUCGCGCACCACAGGCACCAGCACUGAGGACAACGAGCGUGCAUUUCAAUGAGCCUUCCUCGCCUAUUCACGUGUCUCAUGGUGGGAUCAGAUAGCGCCAGCCUGCUCGAGAUGCACCUCAACGCUACGAGCCUGCUUGUGAGCGCGUGGGUCGUAGUGGAGGCAGAAGUGAGCUUGGCUGGCAGGAAGCGCAGCGUUAAUCACGCAAUGAUCUCCCGGCUGGCGGUGCAGUAUGGAGUGGAUCGCGUUCAGCACGUGAUUGUACCGGCGGCGGAGAUGCACAUCGCAAACCAGUCUCUCCUGAGCCACCGCCUCGCUUUCGAGAAUGAAGCGCUGCAACGCAGCCGCUGCGCCUCAGCCGUGCGUACUCUGCAGGCUCAGCCGAUGGAUCAGGUGCUCAUCCUCGAUCCAGAUGAGCUUCCGAGCCCCGCGCAGCUCGAGGCACUCCGGCAUGUCAACGCCAACGACGACCACACCCUCUGGAGCCUGCCGAUGCUCAGGUUUCAUUACGACUUGGCUUGUCCGAGUGGUGGCUGGAGAGUGGGCAGAGCGGCAUCAUGGGCGCUCGUGCGGCGGCUGGCGGAGCAACAUCCCGAUCGUUGGGCAUACUACGUUCGUGCCACGGCUGCUCGACCUGCGGGCUUCUCUCGACUGCUGCGAGACGGCUCCCUGCCCAGUGCGUCGCCAGGCCUGCACAUGACGUUUGCUGUGACGGACGAGAACAUCACGCAGAAGGUCCUCUCGUUUGCUCAUACGGAGUUUGCGAGUGGACACGUCGCCAGCCGCGUGGGCGUGGCCGCGCGCGUGGCGGCAGGAUGCGAUCCGUUGAUGCGAGCAGACAAGGGCAGCCCGCGCCUCGCGUGCCACGCAAGAUGGAACGUGUCGCACAACGGGGCGGCGUGGCGAGCAUACAGUCAGCCUUGGAUGUCGAGCAUUGUGCACCAGUUUCUGCCUCACACAAUCAAGCGAGAGCAGUCUCGCGAGCGACUCGCGCUGCACGGAGCAGAGCAGACCGCCGUCUGCGCAGGGCUGUUUGGCGGAGGGCCCACCGGUGCACGGCUGCAGGAAUGGCUAGUAGAGCCAACUGCUGAUGCGACGCGGCUCAGACAGUGGCUGCACGAGCGACGCCCAAAAGCUCACGGGCGCCACCCACCCUUCCGGCCUCGCCAUGACCGUCACCUUCAGUCCUGACACGGACAUGGACAGCGUUCGCAUCGACUUCUCGUCGGAAGCGACCGCGAUUGUCCACGCCAUCGCCCAAGUGCAAGACAACGUUGAGCCAGGCCCCGCCGGCCUCUUGUUCCACUGAGGGGCGAUCAAAAGAGGAGUUGUUCCCUCGGCAUUAGUCGUAACUGGCCGGCGAUCGCAAUUCCCGGCGAGGUGCCGUGUCGACGGCGCGAGCUGAUAGCCCCCCGCUACCCAGUUGCACUCGUGCGACGUAGCGCUAGCGGGGGGGCAUGACUACGUUCUUACGCGCGUUGCAUCUUACAUAAGUUCCCGUUUUGGCCGCCGGGAACCACUCUCACCUCUGUGAAGCGACCAGUGUACCGUAAGUGUGUCUGCCGCGGUUAUAUUUUAAUAUUACGUGAGACGCUCAUAUUGUG